AUGACACUGCGUAGGAGCCCAAGACUACGCGCUUUCAAUUCAAAGUCACUUGGCAACCAAGCCGACAACCAAAAUGCCAACGAGAAACCGAAGUCAAAAAGAAAAAGGACAUCAAGCAAGACAGGGGCCAAAAAGGCUAAAGAAACAGCAUCACCUGUCGCGAAUGUGAUGAGUUUACCAAGAAAACUUGAAUUUGAUGCUCUCAAAAAAUAUCGGCAUGUUUUGUCUAUCGACGAAGCGGGGCGAGGACCACUUUGCGGUCCAGUUGUAGCCGCUGCUGUCAUAUAUCCCAAAGGUCAGGUGUCUCUAGAUGGAAUUAUUGAUUCAAAGAAGGUAAGAACCGAGGACGCGCGAGAGCAACUUUAUGAGAGUUUAAUUGCACUCCCCAACAUUCGCUGGGCCGUGUGUGUUAUCGAUGCAAAGAGGAUUGAUGAGAUUAAUAUUUUGCAGGCCACGCUCGAGGCAAUGAGGACGACUGCUAUUGCUCUAACGGGAGCUUCGGACCUAACCAUCAGGCAAGUGUCUGAAGCAUCAGUUAAUGAAGAGGGGUGUUACGUCGUGACCUCGAAUACCCAUCAAAAAGGGGGAGACGAUACGCCCAGUUCCGACUGCAAAGAGUACUUUGCUCUCAUUGAUGGCAACAAAAUACCAAAAGAUAUGCCUUGCGAUGCAGAGUGUGUGGUAAAGGGCGAUGGUAGAGAAUUCUCGAUUGCUGCCGCCUCGAUUUUGGCCAAAGUCACCAGAGAUAGGCUGAUGAUUUCGUAUGAUGGAAUCUAUCCUAUGUACGGUCUUUCCCGCCACAAAGGCUACCCUACUGCAGCCCACGUUGCUGCUAUCAAAGAAAAUGGGAUUUCGCCAAUUCAUCGGCGAACGUUUGCACCCAUCAAACAUAUGGAUCUCGGAGACGAAUGA